UUAAAUUAAUAAAAGUGUCCAAGCACAAUAUUAGGAGUUUCUCCGCGUCCUUGUCUCCCCAUUUUAAAUCAUUCUCCUGCUUUCUUUCAUUGCCUCCAACAUGGUCAGAUUCGGUUCCGGCGAAAUAAAAGCAACCUCAGAAGAAUUAGUCACUUCCGCUGAACCCACCACUAGCGUUCAAACCAAAGUCAUCAUUGUCAAAAAGUUACUGAAUAUCGGAGAAACCCAUCCGAUUUUACCCAUACCCAUUAUCUUUCCUCGAAAGUUUCUCAAACUCCAGUUCGUUAGCACCCACCUCGACCCCCGUAGUAGGUCGGAGAAGUUGAUCACAGUUGAGGCAAAACACAGCAGUGAGUGCCCGUUGGAGGAAAUUCACGAGGCAGGCUUCAAAAUUCCCUCAGAUUUCGGUGAGAUUGGGGCCGUGAUUGUGGAGAACCACAAUGAAGAGGAGAUGUACGUGAAGCAGGUUGAGCUCAGUGGGCUGCAGCCUUCAGGUGAUCCCUUCACCAUCACCAUCUCCUGCAACUCAUGGGUCCAACCCAAGACUCUAAUUCCUGACCAAAACAGGGUCUUCUUCACCAACAAGUCAUAUUUGCCAUCCCAGACCCCGGAUGGGCUCGAGAUGUUGAGGGAAAGGGAGCUCGCCAAUCUUCGAGGCAAUGGUACUGGAGAGCGUAAAAGUUACGAUAGAAUCUAUGACUAUGAUGUUUACAAUGACCUCGGAGAUCCCGACACAAGUGAAGAUCUCAAAAGACCAAUUCUUGGUGGCCCUCAACAUCCUUAUCCGAGACGUUGCAGAACCGGUCGUCCACGUACUAAAACAGACCAAGAAUCGGAGCAACGGGCAGAAAGGGUAAUAUAUGUCCCACGAGAUGAGGCAUUCUCUGAAUUAAAGUUCGGAACCACGGCGUUGUCUGCAUUACAUAUCUUUUUACGGGAUUUCGUUGAACACUUUGAUCAAAACUCUGGAUUCCCCAACUUCACGGCAAUCGAUGAACUUUUCAACCUUCAAGGCUUAAAACUAAAAAUACCCCUUCAAUAUACCCCCAUACCCGGUCUGAAUGACCUUGUGCCUUUGUUAAUCGAAUUCCUCCAUGAAAACCAAGAAUAUUUGUUACACUUUCAAAUUCCUGAACCCAUGAAAAGAGACAAGUUCUUUUGGUUAAGAGAUAAAGAAUUCGCGAGGCAAACUCUCGCUGGUUCUAACCCAAGCGUCAUACAGUUGGUCAAGGAAUGGCCAAUUAGGAGCCAACUCGACCCGGAAAUCUAUGGUUGUCCUGAAUCAGCAUUCAAUACCCAUAUGAUUAAUCAACAAAUUGGGGGCUCCAUAACCGUUGGAGAGGCCAUUCAGAAGAAAAAGCUUUUUGUAUUGGAUUACCAUGACUUGUUGCUGCCAUAUGUGCAAAAGGUGAGAGCCCUUAAAGGAGCAACAUUGUAUGGAUCGAGGACAUUGUUUUUUUUAAAUGAAGACGAGACACUUAGACCGCUAGCUAUAGAGCUUACUCGCCCACCCAUGGACGAGAAAUCAUCGCAGUGGAAGAGAGUUUAUGGACCCAGCGAGAACGCCACUAGUCUAUGGCUUUGGAGAUUUGCCAAAGCACAUGUUCUUGCCCACGAUGCUGGUUAUCAUCAACUCGUCAGCCAUUGGUUAAAAACUCACUGCGCCGUGGAGCCUUAUGCCAUAGCCACAAACCGACAAUUGAGUGCAAUGCAUCCUAUCUAUAGACUUCUACAUCCUCAUUUUAGGUACACUCUUGAGAUCAACGCAGAAGGUCGUCAACUUAUUGCGAAUGCUGGUGGGAUAAUCGAGACCACAUUCUCACCGCUAAAAUAUUCCAUGGAGUUGAGUUCUGCGGCCUAUGAUCUUCAAUGGCAGUUUGACUUACAGGCCCUGCCAGCCGACCUAAUUCAUAGAGGACUUGCGGAGGAGGACCCAACAGCUCGACACGGUUUGAAAUUGCACAUCAAAGACUAUCCUUAUGCUAAUGACGGUCUGAUUUUGUGGGAUGCUCUGAAACAAUGGGUGACAGAGUACGUGAACCAUUACUAUCCAGACCAAUAUAGGGUAAUAUCUGACAAAGAACUCCAAGCAUGGUGGAGUGAGAUUAGAAAUGUGGGCCACGGGGACAAACAAGAGGAGCCAUGGUGGCCACUCCUCAACACUCCCCAAGAUCUUAUAGAUAUAGUCACAAACAUGGCGUGGGUUGCAUCUGCUUACCAUGCAGCCGUCAACUUUGGGCAAUAUGCUUAUGCAGGCUAUUUUCCCAACAAGCCCAGCAUAGUAAGAACCAACAUGCCCACCGAAGAUAAUAUCGACUCUGCACUUUGGAAAAGUUUCUAUGAGAAGCCAGACGAGAUGCUUCUCAAUGCCCUCCCCACGCAAUAUCAAGCCACCAAGGUGAUGGCGGUGACGAAUCUGUUGUCGGCUCACUCUCCAGAUGAGGAGUAUCUUGGCAAAAACAUGGAGCCAUCGUGGGGCGAUGAUCAUGUAAUAAAGGAAGCAUUUGAAAGGUUCAGUAGGAAGAUGAAGGAUUUGGAGUUGAUAAUUGAUGAUAGGAAUGCUGAUCACAACUUGAAGAAUAGGACUGGAGCGGGAGUCACUCCCUAUGAGCUUUUGAAGCCAUUUUCAGGAUGUGGGGUCACUGGAAAGGGAGUUCCAUACAGUGUUUCUAUUUGAGAGUUGAGACCCAUUGAAGCCGAGCAUCAAGAUCAUAUAUAUGUAUUACACAUUAAGUGGUGAUAUAUAUAUAUACACUAUGAAAUAAAUAAUGAUCCUAUUCCUAUUUCCUAGGUAUAUCGUUGGAAUUUAUUAAUCUGUUUACAGUCAAGCACAA